CACACAAGACCGUGAAUUGGAGUCACGAAUCAUGAACUGGCGAGGUUCUAGAGAGUUUUCAGAGGUUACUGACGCCGAGUCAGUUCACGGUCACAAGACCGUGAACUGAAGCCAUGGACAGUGAACUGGCUUAAUGAAACGACGCGUCUUGGCCUGAGUUCACGGCCCCCGCCAUUAGUUCAUGGCCGUGAACUGGGCGCAACUGGGUAUAAAUAGAGAGCUGAAAGGAGG